AUGAUGUUAGAGGAAACCCCCCAAAAACUCACAACGAAGACUUUCUAUAACCCCAGCGCUGGUUCCCUUGGGCUGCCAGAGGUUCUCCAUAAAGGGAUUCAAAGCUGGAUUCUAGAACAGCUAAAGAGAUUAUAUUCAGAGUGCAUUGCCUGGAAAACUGCUCAUGUUCUAGCAGCUUUCCUCCUGGUCGCCAGUGUACCACCUCCAGGCGGCCCCGGGAACCUGUUUUUCCCGGGAGCAGCUGUGAGCAAGCGGAACCAGGCUUCGAACGUGCGGCCCGCCGAGCCUGCGUUCGCGGCUCGCUUCAAGGGACGGGUCGGCUCCAGGGAAGCGCCUACCGCGGACACCGAGAGAAUCCAGCCUCAGCUCCCAGAUGAAGAUGGUGAUCGCAGUGGCAAAGAAGAUGAACAGCCCCAAGUGGUGGUUUUUAAAAAGGGAGACCCGUCGGUUGAAGAAGUCACGAAAAUUAAAGCAGAAAUAAAGGCUGCCGAAGCGGAUGAAGAGCCGGCUGUAGUUGAUGGGAGCAUCAUGUAUCGAAAACCGGUCAAACGUCCCUCAGAUGAAAUAUAUUCAGGUUUAACAGCAAGCUCAAAAAAGAGGAAGGCAAAUGAAGAUGAAAUAAAUAAGCAGGACUCAGUUAAAAAGAACUCACAAAAGCCCAUCAGAAACAGUUGCCUCCUUUCUUUUGACAAGGAAGAUGAAACUGAGUAA